CUGUGCCAGGGCCUCAGCAUCCUCACAGAGUUCUUCCUAACAGCCAAUCUAAAUUUCUUCCCUUUGAGUUUAAAAGCUUUCACCUUGUCCUAUCUUUGUCUGCCUAUGUAAAAAGUUGCCUCCUUAACACAAACCCCAUUUAUAACUCACUUUUAUUUAGAUGGGAAAGCACACUCAGGAUCUUACAAUGUGGCCUACCACCACCCAGUAGCGGGAGCGAUGGCAUCCCAUGGGGAAAUGGGGAGGAAAAGAAACACAAUAUUCGGGCCACCAGGGUCACCUGUCCCGUCACCCCACUCCCUCAUGGCACAGGGUGACCUUGCCCUGUGACUCCUCCCCAACUCCUGGUGUGAAAACUGGGAGAAACUGGGCAUGGGACCAGACCGGGUGAAGGGAUUCAUCCCCAGAGAAGGGGAUCAUUCCCAGAGAAGGGGUUCAUCCCCAGGAAAAGGGGAUCAUUCCCAGAGAAGGGGAUCAUCCCCAGGAGAAGGGGAUCAUUCCCAGAGAAGGGGUUCAUUCCCAGAGAAGGGGAUCAUUCCCAGAGAAGGGGAUCAUUCCCAGAGAAGGGAUUCAUCCUCAGAUAAAGGGUUCAUCCCCGGAGAAGGGGAUCACCCCUGGGAGAGGGGGUUCAUCCCCGGGAGAAGGGACCGGGAGCAGCAGCUCCGCCCGGGGCCGCCGAGGGCCCGUGAGGGGAGCGGGGGGCCGGAGAUGGCGCCUCGCCGCGCGCGAGCGCAGCGGGUAAUGGCGGCUGAGGGAAGGGGAGGGGACAGGCCGUGAGAGCAGCGGCUGCCCCGCGCCAUCGCCACCCGCCGGCUACGGGAGGAGGGAGGGAAAGGAAAGGGAAAGAAAGGCACCGCUUCCGCCACGGCGGGGCGGGCCUGGGCGGAGAGCGGCGGCGCGGCGGGGCUGGCAAGGCUAGGGGCGCGAUGGAAGCGGGUCCCAUCGUGACGUCCAAGCAGCGAGAGGAGGUGGUGCACGGGGUGCCGACCGAGGUGGUGUGCACGGCCUUCUCCAACUCGGUCCUCGUGGUGGUCACACAGUACGGCAAGAUGGGCACCAUCGUCUACGUGGAUCCCAACACCAUCGGCGACAACGUGGGCAGGCCCUCGCUCACCACGAAGGUGCUGCUGGGCAAGGAUGAGCCCCUCGUUCAUGUUUGUGCCAAAAACCUGGUGGCAUUCGUGUCUCAGGAAGCUGGGAACAAACCUGUUCUCCUCGCCAUGGCUUUAAAGGACAAAACCAUGGAAGGAAUACAGGCUCUCCGAGAAGUGAUCCGAAGUUGCCAAGUGUGGUGAAGUUAUGCCAUCUGGAUUCAAGGAAAUGAUCUUGAGUCCAUGACUCAUCACCACCUAUUUAAAAGGACUAGAAAUGAAAAUGCUGGUAAUGUCUUUGUGGUGGUUUUGGACGUCCUGAGGAAUUUCAUGAAUUUUUCUCUACUGUGUAGAACAUUUGUGGGUUUUGUUACUGGGACAGGUUUUCAAGUCCAUAUAGACAGUGGUGAGACGAGAGCAAUUGCCUCAGUAUAGGAGAGAAGUGCUACUUUUAUCUUGUUGGGUGCGUCAUUUAUUUGGGGAAAGGCUCAGCUCUGCACAUGUGUCCUGAGGAGCAGCAGAUGCCAAGCUCUGUAGCUGCGCCGUACCACAAAGGGGGAACACCCAGUGCAGAGGGAAUAAAAGAAACAUUGUCAAAUCAAAUUUUACCUGUUUUCUUUUUUGCUCUGUGAGAAUAACUUCCAUUGAAACACAAGCCUUGGUAAAAAAAUCAACAGUUGUAUAAUGGGAAAGAUUUUCUUGCCUUUUUUAAGGAAUUGAGUCCUAAAUGGCUGCUUUUGUCCUUAUGUCCAUUCCUUCCUAGAUGCAGUCUGAAUUCAUUUUCUACUUUCACGCUGAUUUUAAACAGAAGCAGAUAAUGAUGCUCUGCAAAUUUCAUGAAAGCUGAUAUCAGAGUGGAAGACAGAAACCCACAACAGUGAUAAGAAAAUCUCUGCCAAUGGAUUACAUGCUACCAACUCAUCAGAGAAACAGAACAUCCAUAGGCUGAUCACCUGCAGUGAGCAUCUGUCUUAGGAGACAUGGGGACAGAGGGUUUGAGGGGUUACACAGGGUUGUUUCUGCCAAGUCAUUUACAGAAAGUGUCAGAUUAAGUUGUUGAGCUGAUGCAAAGAUUAAUAGCCAAACUUUUGCCUUUUGCUUGGAAAGCGCAUUUGUUUUUACCUCUUGUAACAAGAACAAGUUGUAAAUUUUUAGUGAGCUGUUAACACACUUUUGUCACUUAGGAACUUGACAGCACAGAGGCCAGGUCUUGGAUUCUGGGCAGGGAGGAGUUGUGCUAAGACCAGUUGGUACAGCAGAAUCAGCACAGAGCCUGUACCUGCCCCAUGGUGAUGUAGCUGCUAGGCCAUUUCUGUUGCUAAAAAAUCCCCUAGAAGUUGAAAAGCAGAAAAUGGAUUUUGAAAGGACUCUUUUCUCUGAAGUAAGGGUUAUUUACAGCAUUUAAAUGGAUUAUGAGAAAUGAAACUUAAAAAAUACAUUCAAACUCUGCAAGGCUUCCAGCUGCCCUUGACAAGAAACUUCAUCUAAAAAUAAUUUUCCAAACUGUGUUUCCAAGAACCAAAGAUUCGCAUCUGUCAGAACUAUAAAUUUUUCCUCUUUUACACUUCCCUUUUUUUUUGUCUAGGAAGGCUGAGUGAGGCAUGUGGAAUUAGUUACUGUCCAUCUUAGUUUGCUAGUAGGGAUGCUCUCCUGACACAAAACUGGUGUCAGGAGAGAACUGGUGUCCAUAGCUCCAGCAGCUUGAGGAGAACAUACAUUAAUUAGCAAAUUGGUUGGAAAUUGCGUAUUCCACUGUGGUGAUACAGUGGCAUACUACCGCAGUGCUCCAAAGAGCUGAGUGUUAACUGCCUAAAACCCAGGCACAAGUUAAGCACCUUCAUUUUCUGGCUGUGUAUGUGCCACCAGGUCUGCACAGGGCAGCAAAGGAACGUGGGUGAGAAUAGGACGUGGAAACCUCUCUGAUUUGAUGCUCGGAGC